AUGGCAGCUACCACCACCAACACCACCGUUUACGCUACGGGUGCGAACCCUUUAGGGUUUAUCAUGUCUCGUGAAGAAGAAGAACAAGGAUUAGAUUUUAUUCCUCAACCCAACCUCACUGAAGCCAAAGCCAUUAUUUGGCAAAACCAGAUGUUAAUCCCUUUUCAAAUUACUGAUAAAUUAAUGGCUUUCUCAGGGCCAUUACCAAAUCAUCGUUACCACCCAGAGCAAACCACUGGUUUCUUUCCUUGCUUCCAAACCACCAUGCCUGUAGCUUUCGACAAACCACGUCCCCUCGACUUGAAGUUUAUGGACCCUUCGCUUAGGGUGUUUCGUUCGACUCCAGCUCCUGGCAACAAAGAGUACUUGGCUUGGCUUAACAAAGUUCAAGCGAAAAAACAACAAAGAUGGGAGGAAUUGGGCAUCUUCGACGCCAUACAAUUAUCCAGAACUGGUCAUAGGGUUUGUCCUCCUAUGCUACUUGCUUCGAUCUUCUUCUGGGAAGGAUCAGUUCAGAUUGCCAAAGCUUACAUACCUUUGGCUAUUCAGAUUCAUGAAGUUCGAAAGGUCUCUUUAGGGCCUGAUCUUACCAAUCAAAUCGAAGCUCCUGCUCCUAAGCCAGGUCGAAAGCGCCCCAACACGUCGAACAACACCACCACCAAGAAAAACAAAACUGUGAGAAAGUUGGUAGUUCCUAGUGAAUCGGACGAAACUACAUCUCCACCGAAUCAGGAAAGUGAGAUCUUUUCACGACCUCCGCUUCCGACUCCACCAAAAAGACGAAAAGUUGUAAAGAACAUUCCCAAAGUGGUUGUCAAGCCUCAAACAGCUCCAACAAUUUCUUCGUCUCAAACUCUUCCUGAGAGUGCACCAACUGUCGACCAUACUCAGGAGAAGGUUGUCGAGGUUGCUGAGAAAAUUGCUGAAGCUACUCCUGACUCCAACCCUUUUAGCCCUCAAAGGACUGAUGCUUUUGGAAGCAACACUGAUUCGGCUAACACUCCAGAUCGAAGUCAAACAGAUCCUCAGGACAAACCUAUCGUCGAACAAACACCUGUCAGGAAAAAUGUUGAAGAUAUCCCUCGACCAGAACACAAUGCAGCUUCUCAGUCAAGACAACAUUCUAUUGCUGAUGAUACUAAUUCCAACAGUUCUCUUACUAAGAGCCCAUCUGAACGAACCUGA